CAUCUUCAGCGGUAUCCCCAGCUCUAAGUCGGUACCGGGAAGACCGAGAGUUAUGCGAUCGACGAGCACGGUAUGUAUCCCGAAGGGGACCUGCCACGAGUCAGUGAUGCCCCACCUCGGCGAGCAAACCCAACACCGGCUACAUGGAGAUGCUAUCUGGCUAUCAUGAACGCAUCCCUCCAGGUGAAUCUCUUUAUUGCCGGCCCAAAGCGCCCUUAUUCUCGGAUUCAGAGGUCCGGAGGUCAAGGAUGAGAUCUUUUGGUACUCGACGAGUGCGGGACAAGACCAACGCCAAGACAACCCCACGACGUCUGGACCUCUUUCCGCGUCUCAACUUCGCCCAUCAUUGCUCGGAAUGUCCAUCCUUCGGUGGGGCAGCAACAAGUUCAUCUGUUUCCCGACGUCAUUCCGCAAACUGUCGUCAUUGGGAGCACCACUCCAUUUGGGACGUUGCAUGCAUGGGACCCGAGGAACCCACACCAAAAGUUGAAGUCUGGAGGUCUGGAGGCCUGCCUUGUCUGACAGAAAACCUGGCGCUCAAAGGGAGGAAAGGGUUACUCUGCCAGCCCUCAGCUCUUCAACCUUUUGCUCCCAUUCUCUUCGGAGAGCGACAAGAUUAUCACGGUUCCUAUUUAGCGAGCGGUUCCUUGGAAAGAGCAGGCGCCGCGUCCGUUGGUGCCUCGUCGCCCCGACUGACCGGAUAUCGGCACGUCGCCGGGCUCGCACAAAAAAGGCAGAGACAUGUUCGAGAGCGGGGUUUGCGGCCUUCCACAUUUUGUUCUUCCCACGCGCUUUUAAAAAUCCAAGAACGGCUAGACUAGCGAAACGGAGAGCCGUUCUCAGCCGUUACUGUGUAGUUAUUUGUGGACAGUCUUGCCGCCCCGUCGGAUCUUCAAAAGACGUGGACCCUGAAGCAGCCAAGGGGCUGCAGGGUGCUUUACCGCCGGCCCGGCACCUAGGCAAUGCUAAAUCGUCGGAGCCGGACAAUCCUCCCGAAGCGCGUCCCCUCCCGCCUAACUACACCACGACGAGGUCCUCGCUUGAUCGCCAUCCGAACGUCGCUUGAGUGGUCACCGCGCGUCGCUCGUUCACACUGGGAUGAAAGCCGGUGUGCGCCAGCGAACUACCAUUCCGAGGCUCGAACGGGAAGGUUAUCAAAAUUAUCGAAAUCUCGACCCUUUGUACUUACCUUUAACCCGAGUCAGGCUUUC